CAGGGCUGGCUGUGGGUGGUAGCAGGAGCCUUUAAGUACACCUGCUGGGCUUCAGACAGGAGAUAAUUUAACCUGCAGACAAAAGGUAACUGGAAGUUUCUGUGGUCUGAACGGGGGGAACGGACAGAUCGAUGGGUGAGAAUACUGGCAAAUAUUCCGUCUGCAUGUCCAGCCUGACUCAUGUCCUGAAUAAACGCAGACACCAGUCGCACUUGGUGCUACGCAGAGACUGAUUGGACGCAUUCAGACACUAUAAACUGCUGUAGUUUUGCGCUAAGGAAACCCCUGCUCCCGUGUUGUGGACCGUUCCUCCGUUCCUCCACAUCCUGGCGAAGUGAGAGCGGCGCACAACGCCAGACGGACCUGAGUGUGGAUACGCAGCGGAGCGCACGACUGAGGACUCUACAACGCACCUCCAACACAAAUGGAUAUUUACGUGGCUUUGUUAUCCCUGUUCUUUUUUACCAAACCAGCUUUGGCUUUCGGAUCAGAUCAAGACUACCAGAUUGAUAUCAUCAAUGAACUUGACCUCGCAAAUGCCACCUAUGGAAUUACCCAAGUGGCGGGGCUUCACAACACCAGCAAAGCCUUCCUUUUUCGAGAUGUUGGAAGAGCAGUUCACGCCCCGGCACACAUCACAGAGAAAGUGGUGCAGCUGUUCAGGAGUAAAAGUGAGUUUACCUUCUUGGCCUCCAUCCAGCAGAAGUCCUCCACAUCGGGAGUCAUAUUCUCCAUCCACGAGUCAGAACACAGUUACUUUGAGCUGGAGAGCAGCGGGGUGAGAGAGGAGAUCCGGUACCACUACCGCUUCAAAGGCAAGCCACGCUCCGAGUCCUUCCCCUACCGCCUCGCUGACGGCCUCUGGCACAAGAUCGCUCUCACCAUCAGCGCUUCCCAUCUACUGCUGCACGUCGACUGUAACAGGAUUUACGAGCGGGUGAUAGACCCCCCUCAGAUGGAGCUCACCCCAGGCAGUGGAGUGUGGCUAGGCCAGCACAGCCACAAGCAUGGCCUGUUCAAGGGUAUCAUCCAGGACGUGAAGUUGAUUUUUGCUCCCAACGGCUACAUCACACAGUGUCCUAAUCUUAACCGCACCUGUCCAACCUGCAGCGAUUUCCUGAGCCUGGUGCAAGGCAUCAUGGACCUUCAGGAGCUGCUGGCCAAGAUGACCCUGAAGUUGAACUACGCUGAAUCCCGACUGACCCAGCUGGAAGGCUGUCACUGUGAGAGGACUUGCAGUGCCAAUGGCCUGAUCUACCGGGAUAAGGAGUUGUGGGUGGAGCCUGAGAACUGCAGGAACUGUGCAUGUAAGAAUGGUGUGGUGGAGUGUCGUAGGAUUUUCUGUCCUCCAGCAAACUGCUCAGAGGACUUGCUGCCUGUCCAUGUUGAUGGGACUUGCUGCAAGAAAUGCAGACCAAAAUGUACGUACCUGGGCCAGACCUUUUCUGAAGGCCAACGCUUUUUAUCCAGGAGCUGCAGGGAAUGCAAGAAUGGCUUGAUGGUGAAAGUCUCAGAAACUUGUCCAGAGCUCAACUGCACCGUCACUGAACAGAUAUUACCGGAUGGCAGAUGCUGCAAUGUUUGCAGAGGUUAUGACUUCUGUGCAGAGGGACUCAUUUGCGGAGAAAACUCUGAGUGUAAAAACCGGAAUACUAAAGCAGAGUGUGAAUGCAAGAGCGGCUAUGCGUCCAUCCAUGGGGAUUCUACUUACUGUGAAGAUAUUGACGAGUGUGCCACCCAGAUGCACUACUGCCAGUCCAACACGAUGUGUGUCAACCUGCCCGGUAGCCAUCGCUGCGACUGUCUGCCAGGCUUCAUCAGAGUGGAUGAAUAUUCCUGCACCGAGCAUGACGAGUGCGCCAGUGGCCAAAAUUUAUGUGAUGAGAAUGCCAUCUGCACCAACACCAUCAGAGGACACCUGUGUACCUGCAAGCCGGGCUACCUGGGCAACGGCACCAUCUGCAGAGCCUUCUGUGAGGAGGGAUGCAGAAGCGGAGGGACCUGCGUGUCUCCCAACACAUGUGUAUGUCCCUCAGGAUUUACAGGACGCCACUGUGAGACAGAUAUCGACGAGUGUGCAGAGGGCCUGAUUGAGUGCCACAACCACUCCCGCUGUGUCAACCUGCCCGGCUGGUACCACUGUGAAUGCAGAAGUGGUUUCCAUGACAAUGGCUCUUACCUGCUAGAUGGGAGCUCCUGCAUUGACAUCGAUGAGUGCAGUUUGCAGACACACACCUGCUGGAAUGACAGUGUGUGUGUGAACCUACCGGGAGGCUACGACUGUGUGUGUACGUCUGGUCCGGGCUGCAGCGGCGACUGCCCACAGGAAGAAGGAAUCAGACGCAACGGGGAAGACUGGAAGCCCAGCUUUGACCGCUGUGCUAUUUGCUCUUGCAAGGACGGGCAGACGUACUGCAGGAGGAGACCCUGUGACUGCGGAGACCCAGACGAGGAUCUGUUCUGCUGUCCCAGCUGUGACAACAGGCCCAGCAGCCAGUGUCUGGACCAGAGUGGACGCACACUUUACCGCAGCGGAGCAUCCUGGAUGUACGGCUGCCAACAGUGUCGCUGCAUGGAGGGGGAGGUGGACUGCUGGCCUCUGGUUUGCCCUGUGUUGAUGUGCGAGUACACGGCAGUGGCGGAGGGCGAAUGCUGCCCGCGCUGCGUCACAGACCCCUGCCUGGCCGACAGCCUGUCGUAUGACAUCCGGCAGACGUGCCAGGACCCUGCAGGCACCGUCCGCCUCAGCGGAGACACAUGGCAUAUGCCCAACUCACCCUGUACCAAAUGCAAGUGUAAGAAUGGGAAUGUAUGCUGCUCAGUGGAUCUCGACUGCCUUCAGAACAACUAAAGCUCUCCUCCUCCUCCUCCUCUUCUCUUCUUUUAACUACGGGACUGUCACGCCCCCCCUCCACCAUCUGACGACUCUCCCCUUGGAUUCAUUAAACAGACUCACGCACACACACGCGUGCACGCCAGGGUGUGCGCACACAAUACAAACACACAUUGGAAAGACUGGAGUGUUGAGGCUGUGCUUUUACGCCGUAACUCUGUGGACAAACAGUGAGAGGGCGUGUGUGUGUGUGUGCACGCGUGUGCAUGUGUGUGUGUCUCAGGCAGAGACUGACACCAUAGUCACUGUGUUGUGUAUGUGUGUCUUUGUGUUAUUUCCAUUUCACUACAUGUCUUAGGGAAACCUGUUUAGCAUAACUUCUCGAGCCUGAGACAUGCAGCUGAGUGUCGAGGUGCUCCAGCCGUCCAUGUUGUCUAAAUGUACACCAACUAUUGCUUGGUCACCAUGGCAGGCAUCAUUAUACAUUUGUUAUUGUGGUAACCGGAAUAAAUGCACCCUAAUUUUAUAUGAUGUUUUGUGAUGCAACCAUAUCACAAAGCGAGGCUGAUAUUAUUGAAACAGGCAGGAAACAGUUUGAUGCUGAAGUAACACGACCCAUUGCAGACCCUCCCAAUAUCUGCAGAGUUUUUCAUUGUCCUCUCCCCAAGGUCGUAAUUCUGUCGUAUUUCUCCCAAUUUAUGACAGAUUUUCACUUCUUUUGUCCCUUUUUGUUGUCACAGUUUCUUUCUGGCACUGUACAGUGUGUAAGCUGGAAAAAGCACCCUAACGAAUGUGCACGUUAAGUAGAAUAGAGCUUCUUGCAUCUUUUCCUCCUCAGUGAGUGAGAUGAGAAAUGAAGAGUACUAAGAUAAAGAAAUACUCACGUAAAUGUCAAAGGUCAAUUUCUUACAGAAGGUUUCAUAGAAAGAGAAAGGCAUUUUGUAAAAUCUGCUGUGCCGAUUUUUCUGUUGAUUACAAGGUUGCACUAACAUGAAUCUCAUACUCUCUAAAGAGCUGGGGCAAAAAAAUGAAAAUAAAAAAAUUCAAGUUCACACCAUGGGAGGGGUUUGCAUUCUUUCCUGAAAAAAGGAACAUUUAAAAGUAAUUAACGUAAAAAUACAGCUGCAUGCUCUUUGGUCUGGUCUGUGAGGCGAGACCAUGGUAAACAAAGGUGAGUCUCAGCGAGUGCUCUGAAUGAACUGCUUGUCAAACUGUCAAAGUGCUGCAGUUCAUUUCAAGCAUACCCUGGCCUUCAGUCAUCGGGUCCUUAAAAUGAUCUGCCUUCAUUAGCCACAUUGCUCAGGGGAUCCUGGUUCACUUCACAUCCCUUUGCUCCAGUGUCUCCUCUGAUGAGGCUGACUGCCAGAUGUAAAACAACAAGAGGAAUCAAAAGAAUGUGAAGGCAGCAACAUGGUGUACAAGAUAUUUCUUGCACCAGUCGUAGCUGUUGACUAAAUUGGCAGAACUCUUGUUGAGUCAAACCCCUCUGGCGUCUCCCAGGGCUCCUCAGCUCCAAGCCAUAUACACAGAGUGGCAGAGAGACAUUAAGAGAGAGAGAGAGAGAGUAUAGUUAAAGCCAUGUCAUGCUGGCCUGGAUUUGAGUAUGCCAGGAGGUCACCAAGUGUCGAAUCCGUUUGCAGACAGCCGGGCUUAUUAAACAGAGUCCGGGAGAGUCCUUUUUCUGCUACAGUUCACACAUUCACAGCUCUGCCCUCCACAACUCACUGCAUUAUCCUCAAGCUUGUCUCGAGAGUAAAAAUGUUUCACUCAAGUGCUGUCUUUAUCACUGUGUUUUUUUGUUGUUUAUUGUUUUUUUACAGGAUAUCAGAGGGCAUUUCAAACACUUUGGCUUUGAAAUGUGAGCUACAUGUAGUGGCCAUAUAUUCAGUAAACUUCUUUUCAGGCAAGUAAAAUAAUUUCAGGACAGUUUUGGUACCAACAGUCAAUGUCUUCUCUACACUUUCUUCUGGUUUUUCCACACACUCGGCACAGUUGCAGAUUUCAGGACUUACUUUGCUGCUUUAAGAAAAUCAGUUGCUACUUCAGAAUGAACAAGAAGGAAAAACAGCCUUCACAGAUUCAGAUAAUCUUUCAUAGUGUCCAAGACAGUUUUUUAAGAUCUGAGAUGAAAAUCCUUGGGUAGGAAUGGAAGCCAUCCCGCUGUCCAAAUCCACGAUUCAAUUCAGUCCUUGAUAUUUAAACCACUGUUUGGUUCAUAUCUCUUCAUACUGACUAGCAAAAAGUUUUUUAUUUAUUUGUCAUUCUUGAGUAGCUUCUGAAUGGACUAUGUAGAGUGCAGUAAGUUGACAGAAACAAGCCAGCUAUUCACAUUCAGGCCAAACUGAGAAGGUGGGACAUGUAUCUGUGGGUUGGGUUUGGUUUUUACACCCUUAAUUUCUAUCAUAACCAAAAACAAGAUGCACUUGUGGAGAAAAUCAGAAGAUAACUUGAAUCUCAAUGACAAGAAAUGAGGAAGGCAGUGGACGUGCGUGCAGAGUCAGGCAUUACAAGUUUUCAUUCAGUAUCACGAUCAUUCGUCCAUUUUAGGACCUCUCCUGGCAGAAUAAUUUUGCCAUCAGUAAACUUUGUGCAUCCACACAUCAAUAGGCCAACAGUAUGGAACAAAAAUGUCUUGUUUUAACAGCAAUACAGAUGCUGUGGGAAAAUGUUGUAGUCUACAAAGGCUAUAAAAGGUAAAAAUUGAUGUAUUUUUUGGAGGGGAGCCUGCGUCAGGUGUGACCUUGAUCUUCAGAGGGGAAAGUAAAUGCCUUCGCCACCUUCCUCCUGCUGACCUUCCUCUGUUUAAUGUCAAACUAGCUGUUUGACAUUAAACGUUAAAUGUUGUUUCUUACCGUGUUGCUGGUCCCUCACAGAAGCAGCAGGGGAAGGAUAUUUUUCCACAGACUUUUGGGAAAGGUGAUGCUGGUUGUUUAUCGUCUGGAGAGGACAGCAGCAUGCAGCGAGGUGCGCUGCCUCUCUGACCUCUCAGUCUCAGUGUCCUUGUGUCGUCUUUGUUUCCCGCCACAUCUGUACGUGCAUUUCUCCGUGCACUCUGCUCCAUUUUCACAAUGCCUCUUGUAAAUCUCAAAGUGUCGACUGUGCACAAAGAACACACAAAAGGAAAAACAAGUGAUGUAAAUGGCAUCUGUAGUCAUCGAGUUUAACACAGCAAUCAAAAGCAGACAUUUGUACAAAAAGUCACUGAAAAUGAGUUUCGUUUUUUUUUUCAGAUUGCUCUGUUGAUUGAUUUGAUAUGAAGUAUAUAAUGACUACUGUAAAACACUAUUUGCAAGUCUGUGUGUAAAUGUUUUUACAUACUGACGAUAUGAUAAAAUUAUACAGUUUUUUAAUUAUCAUUGUGUUCAUGAAUACAUAUUAGUUUUAGUGGACUACUUUUCUUUUUGUGGGAUAGGUUCAGUUUCACUGUAAAUACUGUGUAAAGUGAAGGAUUCUGUAAAGAGAGUAAGACAAUGUGAAUAAUUCUCACUACAGCUUCUUGGGAUCAGAGCGUUGCAAGUUGAGUGUGACAGAGAAGCAACAUUUCUAUUGUUUCUACUAUUUCUUUAUUUUUCUAUUCUUGCCUUAACCCUUUUAGUAUCCGCCAUAGUCUUAUGUCUUUUCACUGUUUUAGGACCACAUUAUGGAUUUGACUAGCCUGUUUGUUUGUACAGAUCUCUGAUCAGUGAGUGACCUUCGCUGACAGCUGAGGGUCAACAGAAGCGGAUUUUGGAAAUCAGACCAGCGUCUGUUCCUGGUCUCUUUGCAAAACAGACACAGAUCUUGUGCAGACUUUUCACCUCACAACUUUUUUUUCAGCACUCGUCUAUAUGAACUGAACUGAAAAAUCUCUACAUGAGAACCGGACUAAACAGAACUAUGUACACAUGUAAAGAAAAAAAAAGAA